AUGAAAACAUCUCAGUCAGGGUCUUUGGGCCGGUACGGGACAGAUUCUACAAAUUCUACAUAUGAUUAUGGAUCCGGACAAGAUGGUGGCGGUCGCGAGCGGGGAACACGCAGGAGGAAAGUUUAUGGGUAUUUGAAAGCGGCGAACGAGCUGCGGCAGGCCUAUUCAGCUCAGUGGGCGCAGAAGACUCAGGAUUAUGAUUACGAUAUACGCGACACUCCAGGUGGAUUCCCAGAGCUCGGGACAAUGAAACUUGCGGAUGAGGAAAUGGUUUUAUUCCCCAGUUACGCGAAGAGACAUGUGAGGAAGGAUCCUAAGGUGGAUUAUAGGGAAUUGGCGCUGGAAUCGCGGACUUACCCUGAUGAUCCGCAGUCGAUGGGGAAUAUGGAGUUUUGGAGAACGGAGUGGGAGAGAUAUGAGCAUGAUAAUGCGAUUGUGGAUGUCGAUGUGAAAGGGUGGAUAUAUACGCCUCACAUUGAGCCGAUGAGUCGGAAAAAUCGUAUUCUGAUUGCCCUUGCUCGACGGCUGAGUGGGAUACCGGCUCCACAUACAGUGUCUACAGAGAACAGGCCAUCGUCGGCUUCCUUGAAUGAGGAAGCAGUUGUCGAUAAACAAGAGCAAUCUAUUAUUCGUUUGGCCGAGAGUAACGCGGACCCUGAGUGGCAGGCUAACGCUAGGCUGGAAGGGAUAUUUUCCAGACCCGAGGCCGAACAAAGUUCAUCUUAUAACAGUCCAGAGGAGAUAGCCGCUGGGAACGCCAGACUUCUGGAACGGCUUCAACCGUUUUUGGCACAUCCUACUGUCAGCGUUCCGAUUACGGUUUUCUUUUAUGACCAAAAGAACAGCCAGUCAAGGACGGUUUCGACGAAUGAUGGAGGCCACUUCUCUGUUCGUGCCGCCCUCGAUUUUGUCCCCACCCACAUCAGGGUGCUGGCUUCAGAGAAUUUAUCCGCUUCGGAAGAGGUUACGAUCACCGAAUCAACGGGAAUUAGUUUGAUCAGUGACAUUGAUGAUACCAUUAAGCACUCCGCAAUUACAAGCGGCACGAGAGAGAUCUUCCGAAAUACAUUCGUUCGCAACCUUGAAGACCUUACCGUGCUGGGCGUGAAAGAAUGGUAUUCAAAAUUAACUGAGAUGGGGUGGCCGGUCUACCACCCGGAUCGUUUCAUUUGA